CUCGGUCGCGGCAGCUGCGUCUUACGAGUUUCGCUGCUGGCGCAUUACUGAACGGUAUGUUCUUAGAGGCUUUUCUUAUGGAUACCUGGUUGGUGCCAGAUACUCGCGAUGUUGUCAGGGCACUGGGAUCUCGAGUCAGCGCCCUGAGCGUUGCAGUUGGGUUGGCGCAGUUCCCAGAGCCCAAACCGGGAGCGAAAGUCACUUUCGCUCCGUCUGGGGUGUGAUCAGAACCUCCGCACCGCCUUUGGCAACCCUCUUUCUCCCCUCUCAUCCUCGACAUUUUCCUCUUCCCUCUUUUCCCCAGCUAAUGAGUUUCAUAUCGCCUUAUUUUGCCGUACC